AUGAAUUAAGAUGAUCACAAUUCCAAUGAACAAAAACCUGAUAAAAAACUUCACUAUUAUGAUCAAGAUUGGCCAUAACAUUAACAAACUAUAUCACCAAGAUUCACUCCAUAGUAGUUUUAUCUUUAACCACCAUAUAACAUUUCUGCAUUCAAUCUCUAACCUGAACAAGAACUCAUAGAUAAAAAUAAGCCAAAAUAUCCAUUUAGAAAACUAUCAGCUGGAGAUGGUUUAGAAUAAUAAGAAGAUGAUAAUAAUAGACAUUUUUAUCAUUAUCCUUCAUAUUAUUAAUAAAUACCAUAGCAAAUCAAAUAUCCUCAAAAUAACUAGUUUAUCCAUACAUUUCCAUAACCAUAUCCUCCUCCAUGGUAUAGACCAUCAUUUCCACCAUUUUGCUAUCCUCCUUAUGAUAUUUCCUAAUACUAAAAUACUUUAUCCAAAGAGCUCUAAUCUAAAGUUAAUCAAUUAGUUUAAUAUUAAAAAGUCUCUCCUUUUCAAUGCAACUGCAAAAAAAGUAAAUGCUUAAAACUCUAUUGUGAAUGCUUUACAAAUAAUUGGGUUUUUUUUUAAAUCAAUAUUUUAGGUAUGUUCUUAAAGUUGUAAUUGUACUGAAUGCAAAAAUAGAAUAGACAAUCCAAAUGAAAGAUCUAAAGCAAUAGAAGAAGCUCUCCUUAGAAACCCAGAAGCAUAUGCACCAAUUCUAACUAAUAAUGGUUAGUUGCCAUAAGUCAUCUAAGGUAUAAAAAUAUUUAUAUAUUGAUAGAAUAGAAGUCUUAAAAAGAAUAACAAAAGGAAAUAAAAAAGGGUUGUAAUUGUAAAAAAUCAGAAUGUAAAAAAAAAUAUUGUGAAUGUUACAGUAUUAAUUAAAAAUGCACUGAUUUAUGUAAAUGUGAGAAUUGUCAUAAUAAAGACGAGUAGUAACCAUAAAUUCCACUAGAAAAAAUAGAAAAUUGUGUGCCUAUAGAAAGGAAUUAAUAAGAUUAAUAUGAUAUAGAAAAUAAAUAAGAUAGUAAAUCAAAAAAAAUGAAAUAGGAAUUAAUAUAAAAUACUACUAAUAAUAAGAAAAAGAUUAAACUUUGA